AUGGACCUGUGUGGCCUCAUGCCCACCUUCCCUCUUGCCCUUGAUCAGGUGGCCGAUAUGGAGGAGCUGAUCAUCUGGGAACAGUACACGGCCACCAUCUACAAGGAUCCCCGCCGGGGCUUCGGCAUUGCGAUCUCUGGAGGCCGCGACAGGCCCAGUGGGUCCGUGGUUGUGUCUGAUGUGGUCCCUGGAGGGCCAGCGCAGGGCAGGCUACAGACAGGGGACCACAUCGUCAUGGUGAACGGGGUCUCCAUGGAGAAUGUCACUUCCUCCUUUGCCAUUCAGAUGCUCAAGACCUGCACCAAGUUGGCCAACAUUACGGUGAAGCGACCCCGGAAGAUCCAGCUGCCCACUUCCAAGGCCAGCCCCUCUGGGGGGCGCCAGGACUCGGACGAGGAGGACGGGUCCCAGCGGCUGGAGGAGGCUGACCAUGGCCAGGGCUACGACGGUGGCUCAUCCAGUGGCUCCGGCCGCUCCUGGAACGAGCGCUCCCGCCGGCCGAGGGCUGGUCGCCGGAGCCGGGCUGGCAGCCACGGGCGCAGGAGCCCGGGCGGUGGCUCUGAGGACAAAGGUCUGGCCCUGGUGUCCGGCUUUAAGCGGCUGCCACGGCAGAACGUGCUGAUGAAGCCCGUGAAGUCUGUGCUGGUGAAGAAGAGGGAGAGUGAAGAGUUCGGGGUCAAGUUGGGCAGUCAGAUCUUCAUCAAGCACAUCACGGAUUCAGGCUUGGCUGCCCGGAACCGUGGGCUGCAGGAAGGAGACCUCAUCCUACAGAUCAAUGGGGUGUCCAGCGAGAAUCUGUCACUGAGCGACACGCGGCGGCUGAUUGAGAAAUCGGAGGGCAAGCUGACACUGCUGGUGCUGAGGGAUCGAGGGCAGUUCCUGGUGAACAUCCCGCCCGUGCUCAGUGACAGUGACAGCUCCCUCCUGGAAGACAUCUCGGACCUCGGCUCAGAAUUGUCACAGGCACCCCCUUCCCACAUCCCACCACCACCCCGGCAUCGGCAGCGCAGUCCAGAGGCCAGCCAGACCAACUCCCCAACGCGGAGCCCCCAGCUUCAGCGGGAGAGGUCAGCGGAUUCCAGAACCAUCUCGGAACCAGGUGAGCAAAGAGUGGACUCGCCCAGGGAAAGCCGCUAUGACAUCUACAGGGUGCCCAGCAAUCAGAGCAUGGAGGAUCGUGGGUACAGCCCCGACACGCGGGUGAUCCGCUUCCCCAAGGGCACAAGCAUCGGGCUGCGGCUGGCUGGGGGCAACGACGUGGGCAUCUUUGUGUCAGGGGUGCAGGCAGGCAGCCCAGCCGACGGGCAGGGCAUCCAGGAGGGAGACCAGAUUCUGCAGGUGAAUGACGUGCUGUUCCGGAACAUGACGCGGGAAGAGGCUGUUCAGUUCCUGCUGGAGCUGCCACCGGGGGAGGAGUUGGAGCUGGUCACGCAGAGGAAGCAGGACAUCUUCCAGAAAAUGGUGCAGUCCCGCGUGGGCGACUCCUUCUACAUCCGCACGCACUUUGAGCUGGAGCCCAGCCCGCCAUCUGGCUUGGGUUUCACCCGUGGUGACGUCUUCCACGUGGUGGACACGCUGUACUCGGGCCCUGAGCAGGGCCACUGCCGCAGAGGCCACUGGCUGGUGGCACGCAUGGGUCGUGACCUCAGGGAGGAAGAACGAGGCAUCAUUCCCAACCAGAGAAGGGCGGAGCAGCUGGCCAGCCUGGAGGCCGCCCAGCGGGCCGUGGGGGCUGGGCCCAGCUCCUCCGGUGGCUCCAGCGCGCGGGCCGAGUUCUGGCGGCUGCGGGGUCUUCGUCGUGGAGCCAAGAAGACCACUCAGCGGAGCCGUGAGGACCUGUCAGCUCUGACCAGGCAGGGUCGCUACCCGCCCUAUGAACGGGUGCAGCUUCGGGAAGCCAGCUUCAAGCGCCCGGUGGUGAUCCUGGGACCUGUGGCAGACAUUGCUAUGCAGAAGUUGACUGCUGAGAUGCCUGACCAGUUUGAAAUUGCAGAAAGUAUGUUGAGGACCGACAGUUCCUCCAAGAUCAUCAAACUGGACACUGUGCGGGUGAUCGCGGAGAAGGACAAGCAUGCGCUCCUGGAUGUGACCCCCUCAGCGAUCGAGCGCCUCAACUACGUGCAGUACUACCCCAUUGUGGUCUUCUUCACUCCGGAGAGCCGGGUGGCCCUCAAGGCCCUGCGCCAAUGGCUGGCGCCUGCCUCCCGCCGCAGCACCCGCCGCCUUUACGCACAAGCCCAGAAGCUUCGGAAGCACAGCAGCCACCUCUUCACAGCCACCAUCCCCCUGCAUGGCACGAGUGACAGCUGGUACCAGGAGCUCAAAGCUGUCAUCCAGGAGCAGCAGACUCGACCCAUCUGGACGGCCGAGGACCAGCUGGACACCUCCUCGGAGGACAACCUGGACCUCCCUCACCGCGGCCUGGCUGACAGUUCGGCAGACCUCAGCUGUGACAGCCGGGUCAACAGCGACUAUGAGGACACGGAUGGCGAAGGCGGUGUCUACACGGACGGUGAAGGCUACACGGACGGCGAGGGCGGUGUCUACACGGACGGCGAGGGUGGGCCCCACACGGAUGUGGAUGAGGGUCCCCCCGCGCCAGCCCUGGCCCGGUCCUCGGAGCCCGUGCAGGUGGAUGAACCCCAGAGCCCGCAGGAUCAUGGGAGAAUCUCGGCUCAGCGUGCGGCCCAGGUGGACAGCCGCCAUCCCCAGGGUCAAUGGCGACAGGACAGCAUGCGGACAUAUGAACGUGAGGCCCUGCGGAAAAAGUUUACACGAGCCCGAGAUGUGGAGUCCUCUGAUGAAGAGGGAUACGAAUGGGGCCCGGCCACUGACGUGUGACCUUUCCCAGGUCGCCAGCUGGCCUGUCCUCCCUCUUCCUCCCCGGAGCUGAGACGCUGUGUCCCUCUGCCUGGUCUUUAAUAAACAGUAUUUUCACAGCA